CUAGUCAUUGUCAUUUUCGAAAACCAGUUGUUCGCGACAAGUGCGCCAAUUUUACGUAGGACUGACAGCCUUUGCCCCAAAGACAUCGCGAUGGCCCUUUGACCCGUUCCGCCGCUGAUUCUCCUUUUGUAAUGAUUACUUUCUGGUGUGACCGUCCUUAUCGGGGAAGUAUAAAUGCGCAGACGAGACGGCAGUGGGUAGCUACAAGUGACCGACGAGGCAGAGGGACAACACCUCCCCGCCUAGCGCUCUGCCUGAGGUGUGUCUCUGAGACACGGCAGUAAAACCGAGACCUCAAGACGAUGCAGUUCACGAUGUUUGCCGCCCUGCUGCUGCCGGCCGCCCUGGCCGCGCUGUGCCCCUGCCCGCCCUCCUCCGAGGACUCCCCCGUGUGCGGCAGUAACAACCGUACCUACGCCAGCGAGUGCGAGCUGCGGUGCGCCCGCCUGCCCGGACUCGUCGCCGCCCACCCCGGGCCGUGCGGCCCGCCGGAGGCCGCCGCUGGCCGCGCCAUCGUGGAGUUCGAGGAUUGGGACAAAUGUUUCACCGAGCGGCUGUGCGCCCCGCCGUUCUGGGGGAACUGCACCGAGUGCGGCGGCGGCGGCGACUGGAGUAAGUGCAGGCAGAUGUGCGGCUGGAACUGCGGCUGCGCCUGCGCGGGGCUGCCGACGGGCGGGCUGGACGAGGGCUCGCGCGAGCGGUGGUUGGAGUGCUGGCAGGGCCGGGGCUGCUUCGAGAGUAGGCUGGAUGAGUGUAAGAAGAGUUGUGGCACUGAGUCCUGUAAGAACUUGUGCUACAUGAACUGGGUGAGGUGCGGCUGCGGCUGCGUCCAGCUAGCGGCGGCCAGCAGGACAGGUGCCACCACACCGCGUCCAGCCAACACCGCCGCAUCUACCACGGAGAACAUGAGCACUACUGCCGAGGUGGGGCUAGGCAGCUAAGCCUACAGCUCCCGGGACCGCGGGUAUCUACUCGGCGGUCGGCCUCGCGGUCGUUGCGGGUGCGGCGCGCGGGGAGGACUACCACCCUCAGGGUGGCUCUGCACGCCGUGCGUUCACGUGUCGGCUGUCGGCCAGCAGAGCCCGUGCACGCCCCGCGGUUCGCCCGCACGAUGCCACGCUCAGAAUCAACAGGAUCUCGAGGUGUAUGUGCAGCCAUUGAGUACGGCUAGGCUGUCACCGUGACUGCCGGAGGAACAACUGAACAUGAACCAGCUGAUAUUGACCACUGCCGAGCCGCCCUGUGAACCGGUGCCGCUGCUAGUGCCCGCGCCAAGAUAUAACUGGACUUGGGAGAGGUAGUGGUGCACGUCUACGUCAGACGUCAGCUCAGCCACCCCGCCCGCAGCCAGAGCCCGGUCCCGAGGGGUGCCUCACUUCAUCCAAUCAGUGUACCGUCUAUAAACUAAUCAUUUUCCCAUCACAUACCAGUCAUUUUCCAAUCACUCCAAUCAUUUGCAAGAAUCAAUCAAGUUGGUUUAAAAACAAAAUGUUUACUGGCAUUUUUCCAUGAAUUUCCUCUCAUUUUGAAUCGUUUCCCCUCAUUGAAGAUGAAAUAAAACGCGGAUAAACAUACUUUUUUACGCACAAUACCACAAAAAGCCACAUAAAUAAAAAAUAUGUGAAAGGGA